GGUGUGACACUCUUAGCCUUUGGAAAUGGUGCUCCAGAUAUUUUUUCUGCCAUAGCAGCAAUUGGGAAUGCUAAGAAUGGAGAUGCCGGUCUGGCACUAGGAGCUCUCAUUGGUGCUGGUGUUUUCGUAACAACUAUAGUACCAGCAGCAAUCGCACUAGUUGUACCUUUCAAGGCCAUGGAACGUCCAUUUAUCAGGGACAUUGUGUUUUAUCUCAUUGCUGUGUUUGCCACAUUUGUUGUGUUGUAUCACAGACAUAUCGUAACUGCUGAGGCCAUUGCUUUCAUAGGACUUUAUGUUGUGUAUGUGAUAGUGGUUGUUGUUGGGCGCUAUAUAUACCAGGAGCAGAAGAAAAAGCGAAAUGUAAAUUUACCAAACAUCCAAGAUGAUGGUGUUGUAAUAAGAGAUCCUGCUGCUUUAGUUGAUCCUAUCACUGCAGUAGAACAGCCAGAUGAAUCAACCCCAUUGCUGGACAACGGGUCUGGCAAUACCAAUGAAGGUCCAUUGAAAGAAUUUUUAAAUGCAAUCAAUCCAAUAGAUGUCGACGAUUUCAAAGAGAAAAAAAUAUAUUGGAAAAUAUAUGAGUUAUUUAAGUCUCCGUUAUUGUUCUUAUUCACCAUCACUACACCCAUUGUGGAACCUGAAAAGCCAAAGAAAAACUGGAAUCGCCAUCUGAACUCACUUCAUUGUAUGACAAGUCCCUUGUUUUGUAUUCUCGCUGCAAAGCAUGAUGUUGCUUUAUCCUAUAUAAAUGGGGUAUUCCCAGUUCUUGCUCUGGUUUUCCUAGUUGGAAUACCUGUAGCAGCUCUAGUGUAUUUUACUUCCAAAAAUGACGAACCACCUGUAUACCACACAGUUUUUGCAUUUAUUGGUUUUGUGGUGUCAGUGAUCUGGAUCUAUGCGAUUGCUAACGAGAUUGUAAAUAUUCUACAAAUGUUUGGAGUUGUAUUCAAUCUAAGUAACGCAGUACUUGGUCUUACACUUCUAGCUUGGGGUAAUAGUAUUGGAGAUUUGGUAGCAGAUACAGUCAUGGCGAAAGCAGGGUACCCUAGGACAGGGAUUUCUGCAUGUUUUGGUGGACCAUUGUUUAAUUUACUUUUAGGAGUUGGAAUACCAUUCACAAUAGGGUGCAUAAACAAAGGAGGAAUAUUUUAUAUCCAGUUUACGUUCAUCCAGGUGAUUUUGCUAGGGUUCCUUGCACUUAGCCUUCUCUCCUCGCUCAUAUACCUAGUCAUCUUUAAAUUCUACAUUUCAAGAGGAUAUGGCGUUUACCUCAUCUGCCUCUAUGUGACAUUCCUAACUGUCGCCCUCCUGGUAGAAACUGGAGUGAUUGAUGUACAAUUCAAUUAAAUAGGAAAGAAUAGCAAAAUUCCAGAGUUUAUCUGCUGUGUGUUAGGAAAAUUGGGACUGGAAGUGGAAAUUGUAGACUUUUAAACAGAGUUCAUGACCUAGACUGAAUAUAUGAUUGCAUAUUCCCAUCUGUUGCUCUUUUAGUAGAAACUGGAGUGAUUGAUAUGCAAACUAAGUAAAGGAAAUUCCAAGAAUGGCAAUUCCUAAAUUAAAUGCUGUUCGUGUGGAAACUUGGGACUGAAAGAAGAAAUGUAGACUUUUAAACAGGGUUCAUGACUUACGUUGAAAAUAUGGUUGCGUAUUUUUAACUGUGGUUCUUCCAGUAGAAACUGGGGUGAUUGAUGUGCAAUUUAACUAAAAUGGCAACUCCAGAAUUAACUGAUGUGUGUUUGGAAACUCCAACUGAAUGAAGGAAUUAUAGAUUUUUAAACAGGGUUCAUGACCUAGAUUGAAAUUAUGAUUGCAUAUUCCUAACUAUCACUCUUCCAGUCGAAAC